AUGGUCACCUCCAGAGGGGGCUCUUUUACACCUUCGCUAGCACAACAGCAGCAGCACCAGCAGCAACCGCAGUCUAUUGUGACCGCCGGCGUCACGCAUUCGCCUCACGGGUCCCAUCACGGCCCCUUGAGUGCUGGCGCAAGUCCCGGCAUCAACAGCCCCACUGGAGCAAACCAAGUCACCAAAAUCGUCGUUGCCCAGGUCUCGCUCCUCCUUGGCUCCCUAAAAGAAGAUAAGGAUCGCAAUCCGAAGUGGGAACAACAAGCUGAGCAGCUCAGAAAGCUGAUCGAUGAGAGCGGCAUGGAAGUAUUUCAAAAGUUCUUCUGUCGUAUCGUGGCCGGCAGCGCUCCGCAGAUCUUUCCAAGCCUAAAUAGACAAGUAUCGAGCGCGAACAAUGGGAACUACCAAUUGCUUGUCGAACAAAUGGACGCGAUAUGCACCAAUGCCGAGCAGGCAGGGAAGAUUGCGAAUGCCAUCGAAACGGCGAACGAGGAUAUAUUCCGUGAUUUCGACCUCUCAACGUUCAUGGAGCACUUCAAACUAGACGCGCUCGAAAAGACAAUUCUAGCUUUGGCAUUCAAGACUGGCCCGAGACCAGAUCUCAAAACAAAAGCAAAUGCCAUACUCUCCACUAACUUCACGAACCUCGUCGAAAUAUUGGCUGAUCCAAUUACUUAUGGCCAUGCGCAGCUCCCUAUUCAUCUCCUGACCAAAACUAUCGGCCAAUACAUCCAGGAGCGUCCGCCAAGCUUCGACGACAACGCGCACCGAGAGCUUGCGGCAGCUAUCCACCGCAGGUAUCCUGAGGAUCAUAGUCAUAUACCUACAGAUCUCCUUGCCGCCCUUUAUUUGUGGACGAGUCUGAGCGACCGCAACCCGCUAGUGUUAUAUAUAAAAGAGAGAGGCUCCACCAUGACAGCAGACGAAGAAACCUGUAGAAAUCAUCUCCGCGUCGCUGGAAACAUACAGCGCGAUGAAGAGCAGGUUGCUGCUGCGCUGAUAUAUACCACCAUCAGUCAGACGCCGCCUUUCUCCACCUCUACCUUGGUUAGCAGUCUUCAAAAGGAGGUUCCCAGAGACUUCAACUGGGGAAAAGUGCUUUCGUAUUUUGACCAGCCACAGUUAAGGAUAACAUCGGACCAGUUUCUCAACCUCUACAAAGCUCUACGGCCAUUGGCAGUGAACGAAAAUCUUGAUAUUCAGCUACUUUUUGGUGGAAAAUGGGUAAAUUCCGAGACCCAAUUGUCCUUCCUUUGUGCUAUUCUAUCCCUUACUCCAGACCAACUCGACGCGAAAACAAUUCCGGCUCUUGAAACUUCCUUCGAUGAGAGUGACUUCGGGGUUCUGGAGCCCGGGCUCGCAUCGCGGGCCUCCUAUGCCGUCAGCCACCCUCUUGUUUCUCUGGUUGCCUUGACAGCUAUAAUGGACGUAGCUUUGGAUACACAACCAGCAUCUGAUACUUAUGAAGCUAGGCGACUUUUCCAAAGCGUUAUUGUCCCUAAUUUAGAUAUAUUCCUGGUCUCUGCUUUUGGGGUACCAAAGCCAUGGUCGGAACUUGCACACGAUACCAUCAACACCUUGUUCGACCGAUUUCUAUACAAAGCUGACCCCAACUACGAUUUCGUUCUUAUGGCGCUGUGGCGCAAAGACAAGGCCUGGGUUGCGUCCCGCCUAUCAGAUCUCCAUGCGAGAGCUCCCUUGGAGCUGCCAACAAUCCUCUUGCAUGCCAAGAGACAUAAAUGGCUAGACGACUUGAUACCAAUCCUCAGUGGCUUUGGACUGGACCUUGCAGCGUUUGCUCAUGCAGAAGAUGCUUAUUCCCUCGACAAGUGGGCCGAAUCUCACUCGACGCACCCCGAGGAGCUUGCACGUGCUCUCAUGACCUUCUUGAACAUUAAGUCUCAACAUGAGUUAGACGCCCAGCGCUCUGAAGAUGGGCAGAGGGUGUUAGUCAGUGUUAUGCUUCCUGUUAGGACCAUAUCUGCUCUUCUCCAUAUUCUAGAAGACAUAUUGCCAAAAUCGCCGGUGCCAGACCUCAUCACCGUGCAACGGCAAUGCAUCACCGCAUACCCCAGACUCAUCAACUAUGGAGAAGGUUACGACGAUAUCAUUGAUAACAAUGGUCUGGAGUCGAAUUCUUUGCCGAUUGCAGCAAAUGAGAAGAUGGAGGAGCAUUACAAACGCAUGUACAACCAAGACCUACAGCCCAAACAAGUUGUGGAAGCUCUCAAUAUAUACAAGCACUCGCGCUCCCCCACCGAUCAGGAUGUAUUUGCUUGCAUGAUACAUGGCUUGUUUGACGAGUACGCACUUUAUGGCACAUACCCAUUAGAGGCAUUAGCUACCACGGCUGUUCUAUUUGGCGGAAUCAUUCAGCACAAGCUCAUAUCCGAUCUUCCACUUGAGAUUGGCCUCUACAUGAUUCUCGAGGCUGUUCGAGAUCACCCCAUCGACCAAUCGAUGUACAAAUUUGGAUUGCAAGCCCUGAUUCAGCUCUACCCUCGGUUAUCCGAAUGGCCAGGGUUCUGCAGACAACUUCUUCAAGUUCCGGGUCUGCAGGGAACCGAGGCUUGGAUUAAGGCGGAACAAAUUGUUCGCGACGCUGACCAGGAAGAAGCUUCUCGUAACGGCGAUGCUCAUCAGUUGAUGAACGGCGGGGGCAUCACUAACGGCAAUAUCGAUGAAAUACUUGCAGCUGAGCCUAGUGCACCCGAAUUUAGUGCACUGCAUGUAGAGCCAAGUUCUUUACCCGAAUACGAUGACCCAUCCUCGGACAUUCAAGAGAAGAUACAGUUCGUCUUAAACAACGUCACGGCGGACAAUUUAGAGUCAAAGUUCAGUGAGCUUAAGGAUUCGAUGGAUGAUUACACUCAAACAUGGUUUGCAGGCCAUUUGGUUGAAGAACGCGCAAAGAUGCAGCCAAACUACCACCAAUUAUACCUCGAUCUUGUCAAGCUGUUCGGCAGAAAGUCUCUCUGGGCAGAAGUUCUGCGGGAAACCUACGUCAGCACCAUUCGCAUGCUUAAUUCUGAGGCCACCAUGCAGUCUCAAACUGAACGAGCACACCUGAAGAACCUGGGUGUUUGGUUAGGCUCCUUGACUCUCGCUCGAGAUAAAGCUAUCAAGCACAAGAAUAUCGCCUUCAAGCAACUUUUGAUAGAAGCAUAUGACACGCAACGACUAAUAGUCGUGAUCCCAUUCGUCUGCAAGGUACUUGCUCAGGGUAAAUUCUCUACAAUCUUUAAGCCGCCGAAUCCUUGGGUCAUGGACAUCAUCCACCUUCUGAUUGAGCUUUAUCAUCACGCAGAGCUGAAGCUUAAUCAACGUUUUGAGAUUGAGGUUCUUUGUACGGAACUAGAACUGGACCACAGAAGUAUCGAACCUUCUUCAGACAUCAUGAAUCGUAUGCCUCUAGUCGAAGAAGCGACAGAAGUCAUGGCCCCAGAGAUCCUGGACAGAUUCGAUAACAUGUCCAUGAAUGGCCUCGUUGCUGGCGUUGGAAGUGGCAGGUUCUCUCCUCAAGAGAUUGCAUCUUCAAUCCCUGACCUCGGUCCACUACUUACAUACCCUCCUGUGAACGACAUGGUCAACCAAACUCGUUUACGUGAAAUCCUGAAGACUGCCAUGAACCGCUCGGUACAGGAAAUCAUCGCCCCUGUCGUUGAACGCUCAGUCACAAUUGCGGCCAUAUCGACUGCCCAGAUGAUCCACAAGGACUUUGCGACCGAACCGGACGCAGAUAGAUUGGAGGCAGCAGCCAUCAAUAUGGUCAGGAAGACGGCCGGUAGUCUUGCUCUAGUCACCUCAAAAGAACCUUUACGAGCAAGCAUAACCAACCACAUGAGGACCCUAUCUGCAGACCAUGGUCAAGGACUUCCAGAGGGGACCAUCAUCAUGUGUGUCAACCAAAACCUGGAGGUUGCCUGCAACCAAGUGGAGAAGAAAGCUGAGGAUCGCGCUGUUCCUGAAAUCAAAGAGUUGAUCGAACCAGAGCUGGAACUACGCCGUCAACAUAAGCUGACAAAUCCAACCGACCCUUUCAUUGAUCGGGAUCUGAGCCGCUGGUCCUGGACAAUCCCAAAUCCGUACAAACUGCAGCCCAAUGUAGACGGCUUAAAUAUGCAGCAAAUGGCCAUAUAUGAGGAAUUUGCUCGACAACCACGUGCCCCGCUGGCUCUUUCUCUUUCGGGUACUACCCACGUCGCCACUUCCUCAGAUACAACACGGUCAGUGGCGAAUGAGGUUCUACAGGAUCAAUACGCAAUCCCAAAUCUUGCAACGCCGGCAGCGGAGCCUCCUGUGAUGCCUCACCUCAGCAAUCAGCAACUUGCCUAUGCUCAGCCAAAUACCAGCAUGGCUAACGGAAGACUUCCUAUUCCGAUGGAUACGAGAAGCAUGAUGGAAAGAGUACAAAAAACCCUUCUUGAACUACAACGCGCGACAGCAGAAGCUCCUGAGCAGCAUUUCGAGGAUCUAACCAAGAGAGUUCACGAAGAGUCUCAGCCAGUCCUGAAAUCUCAUGAUGAGCUUUGUGAUUUUGUAAUCAAAAGCCAGCAUGGGCCAAGCACUGAACCGCUUGAUCUUUUCAUUGUUGAUCAGAUCUGCCGUUUACUUUUCAGUGGAACCCAGGACCAACUUCUUAUAGAAACCUUGGUGUCUGCGUUGCAAAACAUUCGUAGAAUUAGCGGUCGGGUUGCAGGCCAACUCGCUCUAUUUAUCGGCGACGUCGAAGAUGAAACCCUGCUUAAUAUUCCCCUGGUCACAAUCUUGAUCGAACACAACCUGGUCCAAUUACGACGCAUUGACUCAGCUGCCUCCAAGGCGAUAUUGGGCAGGAAAGAAGGCUCACUUGACUUCCUGUCCUCCUUACUUGAUUACGUACUUCUUGUCGAUCGCCCCCCUGCCCUGUAUGCCGAUUUUGCCAAGAGUUUAGAGGUUGCAUGGCAAUGGAUCGAAGAAGAUCCGUCUAUUGAGGUUGGGCAACAGCUGAAGCAAAAGUUGUUAGACCACAAUCUACCCCGAUCAAUUGGCCGCAGUAUCGAAGACUACCGAGCCGAUGAAAAGCUUGUCCAUCGCCAAGAUCAAAUGGACUAUGUCUUCGAUGAGUGGGUUCAUCUGUGCCGGAACCCCAAUGCAAGUGAGAAGGCGGCACCACAAUUCAUCCUGCAGAUGUACAAGGGGCAACUAAUUAACGAGCGUGAUGGAAUGUGUUUGUUCUUGCGGAUCAGUAUCGAUGCAUCCGUAAAAUCUUUCGAACAACACAUACAGACAAGUGGUAGUCUCGACGAGGCUUACAGCACAAUUGACUCGCUAGCGAAGCUGAUCUCUCUGAUCGUCAAUGGACGUGAGCGAGAGAUUGAAGGCCAAGGUGCAGUUCAACCGACCAAGGCUGAAUAUCUCAAAUUUGUCUUGUCUCUCACGGUUUUGGUCCUGAACCACCAUCAUGUCGUGCGUGGAGAUAACUUCAAUCAGAAGGUGUUUCUGCGGCUGUUCUCUACUCUUCUUUGCGAGAUGAACAAUUUCGACGGUGGAUUGACAGACGUGGAGCAGCGAGAUAUACUUUUCGUCUUCGCUGAAGUCUUUCUGAAAGUGCGUCCGUCACACUUCCCUGGCUUUAUUUUCGGUUGGCUUCCCUUGGUAUCCCACCGAAACUUUAUGCCUCAACUAUUGAGACUCCCAGAUCAUGCUGGAUGGAAUCGUUUCGCCAAAAUUGUGGAAAACCUGAUGCUCUUUGUUGGCGAGCUCCUCAAGCCAUUGCACCUAAGUACAGUGACGAAAGAAAUAUACCAAGGGGUUCUGAAGUUUAUUGUUGUCUUGCAACACGACUUUCCCGAAUUUGUGGCCGCCAAUCACUCCAAGCUCUGUGCCAACAUUCCCAGUCACUGUGUCCAGCUCCACAAUCUGAUUCUAGAUGCGAAGCCCAGCCCUUAUCUCAAGGCUCCAGAUCCAUUGCAGCCGGGGUUGAAGAUCGACCGUAUCAACGAGAUCCGCGAGUUUCCAGACAAUGAGAACGAUGUCGAGGCUCCUCUGCGGCAGAGCGAGUUGUUCGAGAUUCUUGAACAGGCAUUGCAGACCGGUCCUUCGGAGGAUGCUGUUGCACAUAUUGCACAUGCAGCGCAACGCAGGAAUGGCCGACAGACUGGACCUGGUUUUGUGCCUAUCAAUGUGGACCCUAAACUCUUAGACUCACUUGUAGUGUACACAGGCAUGCAUGCCAUUACCAGGGCAGAACAGACGAACGGCCCAGCGUACAUCCAAGCAUCCCCUGAUGCAGCGUUACUUUCUAUGCUAGUUCAUGAGCUUAAUCCUGAGGCGCGGUACUACUUCCUCAGCAGUAUCGUCGACCAGCUCCGAUAUCCCAACAACCACACCCACUACUUCACUCAAGCCUUGUUGGAAAUAUUUGGAACCGAUCUCAACGACCAAGAAGAAUCUGAUAUCCGGGAGCAGAUCAUUCGCAUUCUCUUGGAGAGGUUGAUGGGGCAAUGGCCACAACCGUGGGGAGUGAUUCUCAUUAUUCAGGAGCUCGUCAAGAACGAGAAGUAUAUGUUUUAUGAAUUACCAUUCGUUAAGUCGAUUCCGGAUGUAAGUUCCCUUUGCAUCUACUUGAUAUUAGGAUUCUAA